AUGAGGCUGCCCGUCGCGGCAGCGCUCCUCGUCGCAGCCUCCCGCGCAGGCGAUGAUGUCGCAACCCUCGUCGUGCAUCCCAUGCACGGCCUGAGCAACCGCGUGCUGGGCAUCGUGUCGACCAUGCAGCUCGGCGCCCUGCUCGACGCCAAAGUCCUCGUCGACUGGCGCAUGGACGACAGCAAGUUCAUCGGCGCGUCCAUGCGCGAGCUCUUCAACAUGAGCGAGCUGCCGGCCUUCGCCGGGCCCUUCCGGCGCCAGCGGCUCAACCGGCCGCGGAGCGACUGGGACGGCGCGUGCGCCGGCUACUACCGGCAGCGGCGGUCGGGCUGGCACACGGCCGGCGGCGGCGGCGGCUUCGCCGGGCCGGACCCCGCGGCGGCGUUCCUCGACUACAUGGCGACGCGGGCGCCGCCCUGCAACGACACGGCGCUCGCCGAGGCGGGCCGCGCGGGCAAGCGGCGGCGCGCGCCGGUCGUCGCGCGCGACGGCUGCGGCGCGCACUUCGACGCGGAGGCCGCCGUCGGCACGUGCGCGCGCGCGGGCGCGACGGACCGGAUUUUGGGUUUGUCGCUCUGGUCGAGCGUCGUGCCGCUCAACGGGUCGUGCGCGUACGCGUUCCUGCCCGCGACGCGCGAGACGCUCGGCCUCGUCCGGUGGCUGCCGCCGUCGACGCUCGGCGUCCACGUGCGCCGGGGCAACCUCGACGCCGCCUGGGCGCGGGCGACGGACGCCGAGUGGUUCGACGCCGUCGACGCGGCGCUGGCGAAGCGGGGGCUGGAGCACGUGUUUCUCGCGUCCGACGACGGCCGGCUCCACGAGACGUUCGCGGCGCGCUACGGCGACACCCUCCUGCCCCGCUUCGAGGACUUACCCUCCUCGAAGCGCGUCGCCGUCGCCGGGGCCCGCGGCGUGCCGCGGGGCGACGACGGCCACCGGCGGGGCCAUUUGUGGAGCCGCGACGGCAACGUCGUCUCGCUCGCGGAGCAGCUGAGCCUCGGGUCCGCCGACGCCGUGCUCGGCACCUGGGGCAGCACCUUCUCGAGCGUCGCCGCGGCCUGGUUCGACCGGCCCGUCGACUACGUGCCGGCGCCGCGCGACGCGGCCUGCGUCGCGUCCGAGGCCGAGGCCGCGGCGUGCCCGUGGCGCGGCAAGGCCCACUACCCGACGGCCGAAUCAUCCUGGCGCUUCGGCGCCAAGUGCCCCGAGCUCAACGCCGCCGUCGAGCGGCGGCGGCGCGGCGAACCCGCGCGGCUCGACGUCGCCGCCGCGCGGCGCCGCGCGGGGCUCCCCGCGGGCGCGGGCGCCGACGCGCCGCGGCGCCGACCGCGCCGCAAGCGGCGGCCCUGGCUCGGCUAG